AUGGGUAGCCCGUCUCCGCUGGAGAUCUUCGUCAAGCUCUUGUCAUGGCUACUGGGCUGGAUAUACAUGCUUUGCUGGUCGCUCUCCUUCUAUCCCCAGCCAAUCAACAAUUUCCGCCGUCGUUCUACCUACGGCCUAGCUAUCGAUUUCCCGACCAUUAACGUGCUCGGAUUUGUCUGCUAUACUGUAUAUGCGGCGGUGUUUCUGUACUCCCCGCUGAUCCAAGAGCAAUAUGCAGCGCGUAAUCCGCAUUCUCCAAAGCCUUCGGUGCGGUUCAAUGACCUGGCAUUUGCCGUUCAUGCCGUCAUCCUUAGCACACUCGUAUACACGCAGUUCUACCCUUCUAUCUGGGGCUUCAAGGUAGCAAAAUAUCAGCGAGUAAGCAAGCCGAUUGCAGGCCUCUUCUGGGGGUCUUUAAUAGCAAUCGCUCUGUUAGCGUGGAUCGUCGUUACUAAGAGCCCGGAUGGUGGCUCCGAUCCAUAUUCUUGGGCCUGGAUUGAUCUUCUCUACGGCAUUUCAUAUGUAAAAGUCGUCGUCACUGUAGUCAAGUACGUUCCGCAAGCGUGGCUCAACUACAAACGCAAGUCCACAGUAGGAUGGGACAUUCGACAGAUCAUUCUCGACCUGUCUGGCGGAGUUCUUUCUAUUGGUCAGCUGAUAUUGGACUCGAGUUUUGAUGCUGACUGGAGCGCUGUGACCGGGAAUCCCAUCAAAUUCUUGCUGGGUAAUGUUUCCAUCAUUUUUGACGUACUUUUCGUCGUCCAGCAUUAUAUUCUCUAUAAAGACCGGACAGACAAAGAGUCGGAUGAUAUCAAUAACGUCCCGAAUUUAAGGACGCCACUUCUUUCUGAAGAUGGCGGUCUCCCUCAAUAG